AUGAGCUUCAUCCUCACCCUCUCCUGCCCCGACCGCCCGGGCAUCGUCAGCGCGGUGACCGGCUUCCUAGUCAGCCACAACCUGAACAUCAUCGACUCCUCGCAAUACGGCGACCCCACGAGCCACCGCUUCUUCAUGCGCAUGCACUUCGGCGCCGACACGACGACCGCCUCCUCCAGCGACGCGACGCCCCCCUCCCUCGAGACCCUCCGCGAAGCCUUCACGCCCAUCGCCACAACCCACUCCAUGACCUUCAGCCUCCUCCCCGCCGCCCACAAGCCACGCGUGCUGAUAAUGGUGUCCAAGAUCGGCCACUGCCUCAACGACCUGCUCUUCCGGCAAUCAACGGGCCAGCUCGCCAUCGAGAUCCCGCUGAUCGUCUCCAACCACCCUGAUUUCGAGACGCUCGCCGCAACCUACAAGAUCCCCUUCAUGCACCUCCCCGUGAGCGCCGACACAAAGCAGGCGCAGGAAUCCCGCAUCCUGGAGCUGAUCAAGGAGUACGAUAUCGAGCUGGUCGUGCUGGCGCGGUACAUGCAGGUUCUGUCGCCGACGCUGUGCGAGGCCAUGUCCGGCAAAAUCAUCAACAUCCACCACUCCUUCCUGCCGAGUUUCAAGGGCGCCAAGCCCUACCACCAGGCGUAUGACCGCGGUGUGAAGCUGGUUGGUGCGACGGCGCACUUUGUCACGAGCGAUCUGGACGAGGGUCCGAUUAUCGAGCAGAAUGUUGUGCGGGUUGGGCAUGCUUUGAGUCCCAAGGAGUUGACGCACGCCGGAAGUAACGUCGAGAGCAAUGUUCUGGCGGCCGCGGUCAAGUACUUUGCCGAGCGGAGGGUUCUGCUGAACGGGCACAAGACGGUUGUUUUCAACUAG